CUGUGUGUUUGUUAUAAGCUGCGCGUUUCAUCAGACAAAUCAGACCGCAGCCAUGAAACGACAGUCACAACGCGCAUUGUGGGUCUUCAUCGGGAUAUUCGCAGUGUUGUGUCUGGCAGACAAAGAGAAGUGUCCGGAGAUAAAGAUCCUUGAAUUUGGCGAUUCUGAAAGUCUUUCCAUCCUGCGAGGAUGUCCUGGAGCCGACGGCCCAAGAGGACAACCGGGAAUGCAUGGCCCGCCAGGAAACAAAGGCGAUCCAGGGUCUCCAGGAUUCCCCGGAAAAUGCGGACAGAAAGGUGAACAAGGAAGAGCUGGGCAGCAGGGGAGACCAGGAGCGCGGGGAUUGCCAGGUUUUCCAGGAAUACCGGGGAUUCCGGGAGCUCCAGGUCUGAAGGGCGACAGGGGAGUCUCGUGUCCCAAGGAAUUAAGUGGUGCCAAGAGCUGUAAGCAGCUGAAGGACAGUGGUUUUUACCUGACUGGAUGGUACACUAUAUACCCUGGAGGCAAGCGACCCUUGGUAGUCCUAUGUGACAUGGAUACUGACGGAGGAGGCUGGAUUGUGUUCCAGAGGCGCAUGGACGGCUCAGAGAAUUUUGACCGUGACUGGUCUACAUACCAGAAUGGGUUUGGCAGCCAGCUGGGUGAAUUUUGGCUUGGAAAUGAGAAUGUCUAUCGCCUCACAUCCUCGGGGUCAUACCAACUCCGAUUCGAUUUGGAAGACUUUGAAGGCAAUCGAACAUAUGCCAUGUACAGUAAUUUCCGAGUUGAGGCAGAGUCUGAUCAAUACGUCUUACGCUACGGCUCAUACGUCGGGGGAACUGCAGGUGACUCACUAGCAACACAAAGGGACCAGGCAUUUUCCACCAAAGACCGGAAUAAUGAUAAGUCCGCUAAAGACGAGCAGAGUUGUGCGCAGUAUUUCAGAGGCGGCUGGUGGUUUGAAUCCUGUCAUUUAUCCAACCUGAAUGGAGAGUACUUGAAGGGAGGACACCAAACCAAGGGCAAAGGGGCCAUCUGGUUUCAUUUCAGGGGCAACUUUUAUUCUCUCAAGUCAUCAGAAAUUAAGUUUCGUCCGCAAGAUUAAAUCAUCUGAUGAAAACCCCAUUCAGAUAUCUGGUGUAAUAUGCUGCUUAGAUAAGUGACCUAUUUACUAAAUGUAAAGCGACCAGACAGGACUGUUAUAUAUAUCAAUCAUCCGACAUCUGUGAAUGGAGCUAUAGGAUCUUGACUAGGGCUGUAUACAGUCUGGCGUAUACAAAAGGGGAACAACCCUGACAAUGCUUAAAAUGACAAUAAGAAUAUAAUAAAAUAACAUGUGAAGCGAU